AUGGAAACUGUUGAUCUUGUUCCUGUUCUUCCUUUAGAACUCCUGAUAGAAAUCUUGUCAUGGCUUCCCGUCGAGACCCUCAUGCAAUUAAGGUGUGUUUCAAAGUCAUGGAAAUCACUCAUCUCUGAAGACAAAGACUUCAUGAAACUACACUUGAAGAGAUUGCCAAAAAACAAGCACCAGCACAUUCUCCUCACCUUACAAAAGCCCGCCCCUCCCGACUUGGAAUAUGAGGAACGUUACGCCAUUUCGUGCUCCGUGCGUCAUUUUCUUAACAAGUCGUCACCCGCGAUAGAUGAAUAUGGGCUUUACACCUUGAAGGAAAAGUACCUCGUCGCUGGCUCAUGUAAUGGUUUGGUCUGUUUGCAGGGCUUUUGUGAUCUUGAUAUCAUGAGUGAGUUCUGGGUCCGACUUUGGAACCCAGCCACGCGCUUAAGGUCCAACAAGUCACCAACCUUUUGUAACGAUGCCGACAGCUUGAACUUUGGGUUCGGGUAUGAUGAUUCUCGUGACACUUACAAGAUACAUGAUCCUUUUGGGCUAAUUUUAUUAUUUCCUCUUUGCAAGGUGGUGGUGCUUUCAAAUUAUUAUUACAACCGUAGAGAACCAAAAUUGGAGACAAUGGUUCAUUGCAUAGGUACUGAUAGUUGUUGGAGAAAGAUUUUGAACGACCCUGGUUUCCCAUUUUCGUUAAAGGAACUUAAUGGACAUUUUGUGGGUGGUUGUAUAAACUGGUUAGCACUUAACGAGUUGAAAUGUCCCCAGAAGUUUGUGAUUGUUUCAUUUGACAUGUGUAAGGAGGCAUAUAGUUCUUUAUCGUUGCCUGACGGUACUAAUGAGAGUAUUAGUCAGCUUCCUAACCUUAGGGCAUGCCUUGGGGUUCUGGACAAUUGUCUGUGUCUUUUUCAUGACCAAAAGGGAACCCAUUUUGUUGUGUGGAAAAUGAGAGAGUAUGGAGUUCAAGAGUCUUGGACUCGAUUGGUGAGUGUCAAUUAUGAACAUCUCGGAUGUGUUGGCUUUAUGUGUCGUCCACUGAUGUGCUUGAGUGAAGACGGUGACAUCCUGUUGCUCAUACAAAAGGGAAAUCUUGAUGUUAUCAUGUACACUGUAAGAGAAAAUAGUGUGAAAUAUGUUCAACUUCCUGACAACAAAAUUUGGUCGGAUGCCAUUGGUUAUGUACAAAGUCUAGUUUCACCAUGUUAA